GCUGUCAAAACAAAAAAUUGCGAAAAUCCAAACGAAAAAAGGAACUCCGUUCCGAGUAGAAUAAUUUCAAUUUAAUCGCGAUUAAAGCGGGAUUAGUGCAAAUGUUAAGUUGAGAAGUCGUGGCGUUCUUUUCCGGGCGGUGUUUGCGUGUGCGUUCGUGUGUGUUUCGUGACGGAUCAAAGGAUUAGGCGAUUCCGUAAAUAAACAACCCGCUUUUGUUCUGUUCCGCCGGAAUCCGGAACUGACCCGCGCUCUGACCUGCCGCUGCCCGCGAUGGAUGACGACCUCACCGAGUACGCGCCGGACAUUCCGGACAACGUGCUGGAGCUGAUCUUUUCCUACCUGAAGCUGCAAGAUCUGCGGAAUUGUGCGCUGGUGUGUAAAAGUUGGCACCGGUUCCUCAGCGACGAGAACAACGAGGUGUGGCGGGCGCAGUGCAUGCAAAAGCUAUCCCCGGACGCGUUCAAGACGGACCUGCUGUCGGUGGUGCCGACGUACAAGGCCAAGCUGCGGGCAUUCUUCCACGCGUGGAAUCCGUACGACUGCAGCCGGCAUGUUUACAUCAAACCGAACGGAUUCACGCUGCAUCGAAACCCGGUGGCACAGAGCACGGACGGUUCGCGGGGCAAAAUCGGCUUCCAGCACGGGAGACACGCGUGGGAGGUGAGGUGGGAGGGCCCACUGGGGACGGUCGCCGUGGUCGGAAUCGCCACCAAGGACGCCGCCAUCCAAUGCCACGGGUACUAUGCUUUACUAGGGGCGGACGACCAAAGCUGGGGCUGGAACCUGGUGGACAACCUGCUGCUGCACAAUGGUGACGCGCACGGGAUUUACCCGCUGCUAAACAACGCGCCAAAGUACAAGGUCGGCGAACGGAUUCGGGUUAUUCUGGACUGCGACGACAACACGCUGUCGUUCGAAAAGAACUACGAGUUUUUGGGAGUGGCGUUUACGGGUGAGUUUUUGACGUAGACUACGUCUUUGUCGAAGGUACUGGGGUGCCAUUCCAAAAAACCCGGCCGAAGGCCCUGGAAUACUGCGUCAUCCGUCAAACGCUUAUAUCUUCCUUCCCUCUAAUCGAAUCGACACGAUUUAUGUUCCAUUCGAUUCGAAAAUUAUUCAGCAAUUUGCUAUAAAACUUUCAUUGUUGGCAAAAUAGUUUAACUAUUGAAACAAUUGAAUGUUUUAAAAUGUUUUCAAAAUGCAGAGAU